UCGUCCACAUAAUCGACUUGAUUGCAGCGUCAAGCAAGGAGAAGCUAGCAGCAAAUUCGAUGUCGUGCCCCGCGAACGACCAUGAGCGGCGAAAGCAGAUCAGUGUCCGAGGCAUCGCCCAGGUCGAAAACGUCACCAACGUGAAGAAGACGUUCAUCCGGCACGUCCACUACACCUUGGUCAAGGAUCGCAAUGUGGCUACCCCGAGGGACUACUUCUUUGCCCUGGCUUACACCGUCAAAGACCACCUGGUCGGCCGAUGGAUCCGCACCCAGCAACACUAUUACGAGAAGGACCCGAAGAGGGUGUACUAUCUUUCCCUGGAAUUCUACAUGGGUCGUUCGCUCACCAACACCAUGGUGAACUUGGGCAUCCAGAAUGCCUGCGACGAGGCCCUGUAUCAGAUGGGUUUGGACAUAGAAGAACUGGAGGAGCUCGAGGAGGAUGCCGGUCUAGGCAAUGGGGGCCUCGGUCGUCUGGCGGCCUGUUUCCUCGACUCCAUGGCCACCCUGGGCCUGGCAGCCUACGGAUACGGCAUCCGUUACGAGUACGGUAUCUUCAAGCAGAGGAUCAUGAAUGGGGAGCAGACCGAAGUUCCAGAUGACUGGCUUCGCUUCGGCAACCCGUGGGAGAAGGCUCGACCGGAGUACAUGAUACCCGUCAACUUCUACGGUCGUGUGGAAAAGACUGACAAGGGCUACAAGUGGGUCGAUACACAGCUCGUGUUCGCCAUGCCGUACGACAACCCCAUUCCUGGAUUCCGCAACAACAUCGUCAACACCAUGAGGCUCUGGUCUUGCAAGUCACCUGUAACCUUCAACUUUCGCUUCUUCAAUGACGGAGAGUACAUUCAGGCCGUCCUCGACCGGAACCUGGCAGAGAACAUUUCCAGGGUGCUGUAUCCAAACGACAAUAUGUUUGAGGGCAAGGAGCUUCGGCUGAAGCAGGAGUACUUCAUGGUGGCAGCGACACUGCACGACAUACUCCGCCGCUACAAGUCGUCCAAGUUUGGCACGACCACCCCGGUGCGCAUCUACAUGGAUGAGUUCCCCCAGAAGGUGGCCAUCCAGCUCAACGACACGCACCCAUCGCUGGCCAUCCCCGAGCUCAUCCGCAUAUUCGUCGACGAAGAGGGCCUCGACUUCGAGAAGGCUAUGGAGCUGACGAUCAAGACAUGUGGCUACACAAACCACACUGUGUUGCCGGAGGCCCUGGAGCGCUGGACAUGCUCCAUGUUGAACAACAUGCUUCCGCGUCACCUGCAGAUCAUCUACGAGAUCAACUCCCGUUUCCUCGGCGAAGUUUCCAAGAAGUUCCCAGGGGACAAUGACCGGCUGCGGCGGAUGUCUUUGGUUGAGGAAGAAGGUGAGAAGCGUAUCAACAUGGCCCACCUGGCCAUCGUGGGCUCCCACAAGGUCAAUGGCGUGGCGCGGCUCCACUCCGAGAUUCUCAAGAAGCACCUGUUCAAGGACUUCUACGAGAUGUACCCUGAGCGUUUCUCAAACAAGACCAAUGGCAUCACGCCGCGCCGAUGGCUGCUUCUCUGCAACCCAAGCUUGGCUGAUCUGAUCGCCGAUAAAAUUGGUGAGGACUGGAUAGUCCACCUGGAACAGCUGCAGAAGCUGAAGCCGCUGACCAAUGACAAGACAUUCCUGCGUGACCUGCAAAAAGUGAAGCAGGAGAACAAGCUGCGCCUGUGCGAGUACCUGCACAAGUUGACGGGCAUCAAGCUCAACCCGGCCUCCAUGUUCGACAUGCAAGUGAAGCGGAUUCACGAGUACAAGCGGCAGCUGCUCAACUGCCUGCACGUCAUCUGCCUGUACAACCGCAUCAAGGCCGAUCCGUCCGCACCGUUCGUGCCCCGCACUGUCAUGAUUGGUGGAAAGGCAGCUCCGGGCUACCACAUAGCGAAGCAGAUCAUUAAGCUGAUCAUUGCAGUGAGCAAUGUGGUGAACAACGAUCCCGUAGUCGGGGACAAGCUGAAGCUCGUCUUUCUGGAGAACUACCGCAUCACCCUGGCCGAGAAGAUCAUCCCGGCUGCCGACCUCAGCCAGCAGAUCUCCACGGCCGGCACGGAGGCCUCGGGAACUGGAAACAUGAAGUUUAUGCUGAAUGGGGCCCUGACCAUUGGCACCCUGGACGGAGCCAACAUCGAGAUGCGAGAGGAGAUGGAACCCGAGAACAUGUUUGUCUUUGGAAUGAACGUGGAGCAAGUUGAAGAACUCCAGAGGAAGGGAUACAAUGCUUGGGACUACUACAACAAGCUGCCUGAAGCAAAGAAAGCCAUUGAUCAGAUCAACAGUGGUUUCUUCAGCCCAAACAACCCUAAUCUCUUUCACGACCUCAUGGAUGUGGUGCUCAAACACGACAGGUUCUACUUGCUGGCUGACUUCGAGUCGUACAUGAAGUGCCAGGAGCGGGUGUCUGCCAUGUACAUGAACCAGGAGGAGUGGCUCAAGAUGGCGCUGCUCAACAUCGCCUCGUCGGGCAAGUUCUCGAGCGACCGAACCAUCUGCGAGUACGCUCGUGAGAUCUGGGGCGUCGAGCCCACCUGGGAGAAGUUGCCCGCCCCGCACGAGACCAAAGGCGACGAGGACGAGAAAAAGUAGAGAGGAAAUAAAAAACAUGGUGGCCAGACGUGGGACGUCUGGCCACCAUGUUUGUCACCAUCACCAUGUUGGUGACAAAGGAGAGAGGCGACUGCCCGCCAGUCACAAGCCUACAUCGCUGUUGCUUCUUUGUGAAACCGACUGACAAACCUAACCCCAUUGAUGUUCGUGCUAGCUGUCCAGCCUAACUUUCACGGAUUUUUUAAUCUGUAUGCUUUGCUAUCUUGCUCUGUAGAAUCGAGAAGAGACAAACAGUGGAACUAAAUUCUGGCCUCUUAAAGCUGCAGCCUACACCAAAAUAUUUUUUGUCACUCGUUUAACGAAAGUUCGUGCCCUUUCAUGUGUACCUUGUCCCCAAGUAACGACUCUCGUCUCUCUCUUGCAUUUCUCAGAAGCUCUGCAACCACUAAGCUUUUGUCGAGAACGUGCUGGUAGCAUGCACAGCGUUUGCAAUAGAAAAUUACUGUUCAGGCAGUGCUAAAGGAAAAGUGUACUGUUUGAUAAAGAUGUGUGGCUCGAAGGGCAUAAAACUAUUUUUUAUUCAAGUGUGCUAUUUGCAGCAAGAUUUGAAGGAGAUGGUUUCAUUGGAAGGUAAAUACUCGGUAUCAUUGAAGCAUAAAACAAUCGAUAUUUUUAAGAAGUUUGCCAGGACUUCAUCAAUGUUGAAUACACAAGGCCCCAUAUUGAAAUGGCCCCAUAUUGACUCACUUGUACACGGGGUACAAGUGAGUCAAGCCAAGUUGCCACUCGAGAGCCUGAAAGGGUCCGCCUUGUGCACAACUGGUACAGAAGCCUCGCUCCAGUUCCAGCCGCACACAGUCGCAUUGCGCAUGAUCAACGUUCCCUUCCCGCAGCAUGAGUCGUCACAGAAUAAGG